AUGGAGACGUAUUACGGCCUCGUCCGCACCCCUGCGGACGCCAUCAUCCUGUUCGAAGCAUGUCGUCUGGGCCUUCUCCCCCGCGUCCAGCGACGGUUAUCAGAGAAAGAGCGGCAAGCCAUCAAGUCGGGUUCGGUGUUUGUGUGGGAUGAACGAGAGGCGGGCAUGCGACGAUGGACCGAUGGCAAGUCUUGGAGUGCCAGCAGAGUCUCCGGCAGCUUCUUGACCUACCGUGAGAUGGAGGGCAAGCGUGGAGGCGUCUCGCGAGCCAACAAGACGCCCAACAGCCAGGGCGGCAGCGACGAUGACCACAACAACAGCAAUGACGAGGCUCCGGACGGAUACCGCUACAAACCGGACGGGCUCAUGAAGCAGUCCUUCAGCAUCACCACGUCCACGGGACAGCACCUCCAUCUGAUCAGUUACUAUGCCCGAUCACAUCCCACCGCCCCGAACCUCAACCAGCCGUCGACUGACCCGGCGUUGCGACACAUCCGGCCCCAAAAGGGUCUCUAUCCCGAAUCGACCGUCAAUGACCAGCAGAACCUGCCCGUGGUGACGCGGGGACCCAUGGCCGGCGCGACGUUUUCGUUGUCGCCCCAUGCCAUGGGUGGAUAUCCGCAGCGGGGGUAUGCGCCUCUCUACACAUGGCCUCCGACUCCGCUGGCCACGCCACCCACCGCGACGAUUCCGUACAGUGCCAGCUACCUGCCUCCUCUCUCCGGUGUGUCUGCUCCUUACGGUCAACCGCCGGCGCUACCAGCGCCUCCGGCACAACAAGCCUUGCCGGCACCGCCCGAGCGACCUGCCCAUACGACGGAAACGACGACGUCGGCAGCGGCGCCGGCGCACACCAGCACAGCACCCGCACCAAGUCUUUCUACUACAUACAGCCAUCCGCCGCAGUCGCAAUCACAAGCGGCACCCAGCCCUCCUCACUCUCAGCAUGUCAAUUCGCCGUCUCAUGGGUCCCAGAUCGACCCGCGUCUGAUGCCGCAGACGUCUCAGCCGCCGACUAGUGAGCCUCGCCCGACGCUGCCGCUGACGCCGAACCAGUCGCAUCUGCCGCCACCGCAGACGACGAACGGGCACGACGCGGCAGCUAGUUCGGGGACGACGGUGCCCAGCAUUGGGGCGCUGAUGAAUGGGACGUCGGUGCCGCCAUAUUCGAAGCCGAUCCCGACGCCGUUGUCUGGCAGUCCGAACAGCGUGCGACAUACGGAUGGGCCAAAGGACAUUCCGAGCGAGAAGAUAGGGAUACCGGGGGAGGAUAUGCGGGCACUGCGGCAGUUGGACCGGGUGUUUACGGCGUAG